AUGGCGCAGAUAUAAUAUGGCGUGGCGUAAAAAUUUCUUGCCAUCGCCAUGUUUCUUGCUCACCCAAUGAGAAUGAAAAAAAAGGAUAGUUGUCAAAAUUGCAGUGUUUAUUGAUUUAAGUAAAUUUUAUUAUCAUUUAUAUUAUGGAGGUAUUUAUAUUAUGGAGUUAAAUGUAUGAUACAAUUUAAAGGAUCUGAUAUUGAGAUAAAAUAGAGAAAACGAAUAUGGACGAAAUGAAUGUGAUCUCGAAAUUGAUUUCCGGCACAUAUGAAGAAUUCUGUAAAAAUAUUGUUGUGUUUUUAGAAGUUCACGAGAAGACGAUUAAUUUUGAAAAGUUGAAUAGUAAUUGUUUACGAGAGACGCUAUGGAAAAAGUUAUUUCAUUACUUAACAGAUUACACUCACGUAGAUCAACAUCAUCAUUGUUUAGCUGCUUUGAGGAUACUUAGCCGUGAUAAAACUAAUUUGGACGAACUAAUCACUGAUGAUGCAAUAAAGACUAUAUUGCAAAAUGCAGGCUUGACAAAAAUAUGUGAAGGAGAACAAAUCUUAUGUACUAUUGUUACAAUAGAAUCAUUGAAAUUGCUGUGCAAUUUAUUAUUUAAUAGUGCAAAGGUACAACAGUCGGAAGUAUUAAUAUCCUCAUUACCUUAUCUUAUUGACCGAAUUAAAAACUAUACUGAUGAUACUCCCAAUGAUGUUAAAUUAUUUGAUAUUAGACUAUUGUUUUUACUUACUGCACUAAAUACUUCUACAAGAGAUAUAGUCAAAACUGAGUUGUGUGGUGACAUAUGUCUCAUUCACAUGAUAGAGGAAUUUGCGAUACAAAAUCAAAAUAAUGAGCUUGAGGAAAUAAAAAUAGUUUGCGAAGUUUUAAAAGUUCUCUUCAAUUUGUAUAUACACUCGGAUGAUGGACUCGAGGAUCAGGAAAAAUAUAAGAAUUUAAUGUUAACUUUAUAUAAAUUGUUAACUCGUAAAUACUCGACACAGCAAGAUGAGCUUGAAAGCAAUAUCGUCAAUUUGUUGACCGUAAUACCAUAUAAUUGUUAUACACCAAUUAUACAACCUGUUGAGUGCAAUGAUUGCAAGAAUGUAUAUCAAAACAUGAAUAUGAGCGCUAUAUAUGUUUUACUUCGAUUUUUAGAGAAAAAGUUGGAAUGUAAAGCACAUUUAAUAGAAAACUUUUCUCCGAUAAUUACUGCGCUAGUCAAACUCGUCAAGUCGGAAAGGCUUGUUCGCAAAUACGUAAGGUUGCAGAUUCUACCUCCAUUAAAGGAUGUCAUGAAUCGUCCUGAAGAAGGGACGACGUUAAGGGCCAAGUUAUGCAAAUUGUUAACAUCACCUAUCACAAAAUUGCGGGAUCUAGUUGCAGAAUUUUUAUUUGUCCUUUGUAAAGAAAAUGUUAGCCGUAUGGUGAAGUAUACAGGAUAUGGAAAUGCAGCGGGAAUGUUUGCCACAAAGGGAUUGUUAGGAUGUAAGCAAGAGAAAACGGCUUAUUCCUCUGAUUCGGAAGACAGCGAAACGGAAGAAUACCAAAAAUACAAGGAUCAAAUAAACCCAGUAACUGGAUGUUUCGAGCAUCCCAAACCAAAUCCACUUGAGGGUAUGACGGAGGAGCAAAAGGAAUACGAAGCUUUAAAACUAGUGAAUCUUGUCGAUAAAUUAACAAAGGAGGGAGUCGUGCGUCCUUGCCGCAUCGGCGAUGAUGGGAAACCAGAACCGAUAGAGCACGUUCUCGAAUUACAGAACGAAUUGCCGAAACAGCAGUACAACAGGAAAGAUUCUGACUCCGAAUGAAUACGUUGUAUCAUCUUCAAAAUACAAAAACGUUCGUGUAUACAUAUAUAUAUAUAUAUAUAUAUUUCUUUAGAUUCUUCCGAAUAAAAAUAUUUAAAUCGCAAAAAAAUCUUUCUGUUAUUAAGCCUGCACCAAGUAAUCGCUUGUAUUAGAUAAAUAGUACAAUUGUUAAAUUACAUAAAUAUAGAUAUAAAUAUGAAUAUCGUAUAAAAUCGGGAUUGAAGAUCCAAAUAGUUUCAUAUAAAUGAAAUCGCAUCUGUGAUGAUUACACGAAUAAAAAGAAUUCGAUAUUUAGUUGAUUACUUUAUUGAAAA